AUGUGGCAUAAUGAGAUUGGAGGGGGGUUUUUAAACAUUGGAAUUUAUCCUCUAGCUUUUGCAGUAAUGGUGUUUGGUGCCAAACCAGAGAAGAUUACGUCGGCAGGAAAGCUCAAUGAUGGUGGAGUGGACGUUUACAACUUUGUCACGCUCGAGUACACCAACUCUCGUUUCGCUACCAUCGAGUACACAAUGCUGGCCACGCUGGAUGGGACCGUCACUAUCACUGGAAGUAAAGGACGUAUCCAUCUUCUGCCUCGGCUCAUACAGCCACAGAAGUUCAACUCAGAGGGAUUUCGCUACGAGGCGGAGGCUGUUGUCAAGGCUAUUCAGAGCAAACAGCAAGAAAUAAAGGAGUAUUCGUUUGGCGAAUCUCUCCAAAUUAUGACCAUCAUGGACAAGAUCCGCAAGGACAUGGGUCUCGUUUAUCCUGCGGACAACAAGUAA